UGGAAAAGACUGCUGCCCGAGGGCUGCGAGAGCGGAGAGCCGGGGCACAGCAGAGCAGAGCGUUCAGCACCCCGGGCAGCUCUCUUGGCACCCGUGGAGGCGGUUCCCGCACCGCGGACUGCCGCUCCAGCACCGCGGACAGCGGCUCCAGCACCGCGGACAGCGGCUCCAGCACCGCGGACAGCGCACGCCGCCAACAUGGCUCCGAUCGCCGCCAGCCGCCAGCAGUUCGAUGAAAUUCCUACAGUGGUUGGGAUCUUUAGUGCAUUUGGCCUUGUCUUCUCUGUCUCCCUUUUUGCUUGGAUAUGCUGCCAACGUAAAUCUUCCAAAUCAAAUAAGACCCCUCCAUAUAAAUUUGUCCAUGUUCUGAAGGGGGUUGAUAUUUACCCUGAGAAUCUCAACAGUAAGAAGAAGUUUGGCGCAGAUGAUAAAAGCGAAACAAAGAACAAAUCAGCGAUGCCGAAGAAUUCUCUCCAUCUUGACCUAGAGAAGAGAGACCUAAAUGGCAACUUCCCCAAAGCAACCCCCAAAAUCCAGAGCUCUCCAGAUGUUGAAAAUUUGUCUCCUAAGCGCUUUGCAGAAAGAAAGAAAGAUUCAUUAUCUCCUGACAGUUUAAAAUCCAUCACUUCCCUGUCAUCUGAAGAUAAACAAGACAAGCUAGGAACUCUCUUUUUCUCCUUAGAGUACAACUUUGAGAAAAAGGCAUUUGUAGUGAACAUCAAAGAAGCACGUGGGCUGCCAGCAAUGGAUGAACAGUCAAUGACCUCUGAUCCCUACAUCAAAAUGACAAUCCUGCCUGAGAAAAAGCACAAGGUGAAAACCAGAGUGCUGAGAAAAACCUUAGAUCCAGCUUUCGAUGAGACCUUCACGUUUUAUGGGAUCCCCUAUAGCCAAAUUCAAGACUUAACACUUCACUUUAUGAUCUUGAGCUUUGACAGGUUUUCCAGAGAUGACAUCAUUGGAGAAAUCCUCAUUCCCCUCGCAGGAAUUGAACUGUCAGAAGGAAGGCUGCUAAUGGACAGAGAGAUCAUCAAAAGAAAUGUUAGGAAAUCAUCUGGGCGUGGAGAAUUACUGAUCUCUCUCUGUUAUCAGUCUACAACAAACACGCUCACUGUGGUUGUUUUAAAAGCCAGGCAUCUACCUAAGUCUGAUGUGUCAGGAUUAUCAGACCCUUAUGUCAAAGUGAACCUGUACCAUGCUAAGAAGAGAAUUUCUAAAAAGAAAACCCAUGUGAAGAAAUGCACCCCCAAUGCAGUGUUCAAUGAAUUGUUUGUCUUUGACAUUCCUUGUGAGGGCCUUGAUGAUAUCAGCAUUGAAUUUUUGGUUUUAGAUUCAGACAGGGGGUCAAGGAAUGAGGUCAUUGGUCGGUUAACCUUGGGAUCUUCAGCAGAAGGAACAGCUGGAGAGCACUGGAAAGAAAUUUGUGAAUAUCCUAGGAGACAAAUUGCCAAAUGGCAUAUGUUGUGUGAUGGUUAGCAGCUUAGAGAGGGGUUGGAACUUGAAUAACUAUAUAUAUUUCCAUAGGCAAGGAGCAGUUUUUUUCUUUGCUAUUUAAAAUUACAGGCUUGUAACUACAAGACUUUUUUUUGGGGGGGUCAGGGAAUAAAAACUAGAUUGAAUUACCAGAAGAGAAGGUAAACUAAAUUUUUUACAGCAAAUGAAGGAAUUUCUGUUUCAUUAGACUUUAACAUAAUUGGAUCAGAUUCAUAUUCUUAUGGAGUUUAAAUAACCUGAAACUUCUGAAGCACUAUAAACUUCAAUAAGAGCAGAUGAUGUUUUAUGAAAAAAAAAAACAACAAAACACCAAAAACCAGUAAACCUCAUUAAAACAUAUCAUUAGAUCUAAAAGAACUCACCUUUGGCUUAUUGGGGAAGGAGCUGAGUCUGUAAAAGCCAUGGGGAUUGUGGGUGAGUAGGAGGGGAAUUCCUUCUGCCCCUCCAUCAAAAGCCUUCUUUUAUGAAAAUUCAAUCAUUAUUUGUACGUUUUUGUUACUUAUACUUUGAUCAUCCCAAAGACUGAAGAGAUUUUCAGCAAUUUGCUUUACAUAUCACAUCGUGUGUAACUAGUUGUUUUAUGUGUGGAAAUAUUGUAUAAUUACUUACACCUGGAUUUUUUAAUAUGUACAUAUAUAACUUGUUUUAUUACAGUGACCAAAAUAGAUACAUUCUACAAAUUGUUAAGCAAGUUAACAUACAUUGUUUUGUUAAAAGGGCUCCUUUACGGGUGACUGUACAUGUUACAGUAUAGUUAGAAUUUGGGAUUAGAUAUGGCUUGCAUUUUUUUUCCUUUAGCAAGGAUUACACUUUAAGCAUUUCAAGCCAUGGGAAAGCAUUUCUGUUGAGGUGAGGUAACAUACAGGAUAUUGCAGUCAAUGACCUUUCACCAAUUAUAUUUUAAGCCAUUCAGUAAUACUUAAAAAGAAAAAAAAAAGUAAAAAAAAAAAAAGUAAAAAAAAAAAGCUGUUUCUUUUUUUGUUUCAUGAAAGAACAAACAAAAUUAGUGAGACAGAGAAUAAAACCUUAUUCUGCUGGUUAACUUCCUGAACUGUGACUAUUCCAUUACAGCCAGUAUGACUACUCCCGACAUACUGAGUUUAAUACGUUUUUAAACUUUUGCAGGAUAGGAAACCAAGCUUGCAUUAUAAUUCAUCCAAUAUUAUGUUAGACAAACUACUUGAAAAGUCCAUUUCACUUAGAUUAUAUGCUUUAAUGUUUAUUACUGAUCGUACUGAAAAUUGGUGGUGGUAAGGAAAAAUAACAUGGUGGUAAGGGAAAAUAAUUUCAUGUUAGUGUGACAUAUAUAGGUUUAAACUUAAAUCAUGCCAGGCUGGGGGAGUAUCAAGUGUAACAUAAACAAGUAUAUAAAUAAAGCAUUUAGACCUGUGAAACUGUUGGUCACAGCAGAAAGACUUUUAGGCUGUCAGAACUAUAGCACAACUACAAGCAGAUUCUUUCCUAAAGUUUGUACGCUGAUUUCUGAUACAGAAUUGUUUGCAAAUAUUACUCCUACAUCAUUUUCAAUUACUAUAUAUAAAGAAAAAUAUAAUGAUGUUAGUUGUUGACAUAAGAAGGAUUUAAAAAGUGGAAAACCAUUUCAGUAUUUUUACAUACAUCAUUUUGUCAUUUGUAAUCCCAUGGAAGUCAAUGAGACUAUUUGGGAAUUCAGAUAUUGCUCAAUGUGAAUAAAGGUAACAAUGGGCAUGCUGGGUAAACCCCUCAUACACUAGAUGUCAAAUUACUUUCAUUAAACAACAGAUCCAGGUCCUAUUCAAAACUGUUGGGGAUUUCUUGUCGACUUUACCUGUUCUCAUAUGGAUAAAUUAUGUUUGCAGUAAAGGACGCUGAAAUAUGAAAUAUGCAAGUAGACAAAUAGUACUGGGAGAAUUCCAUUGAGGCUCUUCCAGGUUUUGUGUCGGUAUUUUCUCCAGUUUUUGAGAAUGUGUUUGAUAUAACAGUGUUUAUAAAUUUCUGUAAAAAUACAUUUUCAAAAUAACAUAAACAUGCUUUUUAUGAUAAUGCUCAAUGUAAAAAAAAAACCUGCGUAUUGUAUGUGUAAAGGAGAGGAAUCUUAUUUGUUUAUUUCUUAAGAAAGCUGAUUAACUGCUUAAGGGCUAGAGUUUGCCAGCCACAUUCAAGCUGAGCAAAUCCAAAGCCACCAAGUUAAAGCAAAGAUGCCCACAGGCUUCAAUGGGGUUUGAAGUGCAAUCACAGAGCAAAACUCUUGUGAGUCAAUGCAGAAAUGUCAAUGGGACUAUGGAUAAGGGGAGACACUGAUCUGGUGGAGACUGGGAGAGUUUAAGUCAGUACCACCUGAUCAGAGUUGUUACAAUUUCUAGUAAAGAAAGAACAUUAUACUGUAAGCAAUUGCAUGAAAGAGAGUGUGACAGCUUGUAAUGAAAAAAAAAGAAAAGAAGGUUUGGUAUAUUAGCCUAUAGGUAGUACAUUGUCUCUAAAAAUCAGAUGACAGGAGUCAUCUGUCUCCAAUGGACACAAAUUCUGACAUUAGGAGAAAAAAAGAAUCCACCUUUUUGAAUUAAUGAUGGGCUGUGACCAUCUUUCAUUUUGCGUUCAACAAGUCGUCAUAAUUUUUUUUUUUUUUCCAAAUUUCUAUAGCAGCUUGAGGGUUGAUAUUUCUGCCAGCUAAAUGGCAGUUGUUGGUUGGGGUAGGGGGUAGGAAUGGGAAAGGGAAGCAAAGACAUUUUUAUUAAAUCUAAAAAGCCCCUGUAAAUAUUUUUUUAUUUUAAUUUAAAACAAUGAUUAGCUUGGAAAGUUGAGUAAAGACGACUUGUAACACAUCUGUAAACCAGACAAGGCAGGAGAGAAUGUAAACCUGUACCAAGAUGAGAAAUUCUGCUGUUUUAUAAAGUAUUCAAUGAUCAUUGUGAAUAUCUUGAACUCUGUUAAGGAUACUGUACUGUAUUAAACAUGUAAAAAAAUGUUGUUUGUCUAAGUAGCUUACAAAAAUAAUAACUCCUUGAAUGGGAGCCUAUCCAUGUCUGGAGAUCUGUCGUAACUAAAUACCUGAUUCGUUAUGGUGUUGUAACUUAAUAGAAGCUAUUUGAGAGGAAGCAUGGUGUAUGAGAUUUUGUAAGUUAUUUGUGCUGGUUCUGUAUGUUGUGCCAUGUGUGUAAGACAAGAAUAAACUGCUGCUUUUGUUCAUCCCAU